UUAGAAACUCGAGAUAUUCGGGUUAAAUUGAGCGAUGAUAUGAUCAUCUCGGGAGCGGGAGAAGUUAUGUGAAAAGCGGAACACUGCCGUGCUACUACAUAGACGAAUCGCAUUUAAAAAGCAAGGCAAGUCACUCUAAACUCAACUCCCUUCUUUCGUAUACUAUUAAGUGCCCAGUUCCUACUGAAGCCUCAUUACCUACACAAACCGCACAUCUUCACAAUGACCUCCACCCCACCACCAGACAUCCUCUUCUACGACAUCGCCUCGGGCCCCCCAAUCCACCCCUUCGCCCCCAACCCGUGGAAAACCCGAUACGCCCUCAACUUCAAGCGCGCGCCCUUCACCACCCACUGGGUCGAGCUAUCCCAAGUGACCUCCACGCGCAAGCGCCUCGGGCUCCCCCCCGUGCGCUUCUUCGCCGACGGCGAGCCCUUCUACACGCUGCCCGCCAUCCAGGACCUGUCCUCCAACUCCACCACCGUGGUGGGCGACUCCUUCGACAUCGCCCUCUACCUCGACCAGAAGUACCCCUCCGCCCCCCUCCUGCUCCGCCACCCGCCCGGCCUGUACGCCGCCUUCAACGCGCACAUCGACUCCGUCUUCCCCGGCGCCGCGCCCCUGUGCUCGCAGAGCUUCCCCUUCGACCCCGCGACCGAGGCGCAGUGCAAAGCCGAGUUCUGCCGGCGGGCCGGCGUCCAGAGCUACGAGGAGCUGGUCGUGCGCGGGGAGGCGCGGCGCCCGGUCCUCGAUGCGUUCAAGGUUAAGUCGGGGGAGGCGGCGAGGUGCUGUCGGUUUGAGGAGGGCCCGUUCUUGGGAGGCAAGGAGCCGGAUUAUGCGGAUUUCGUGGUCGGGGGCUGGCUGAUGUUCUUGAGUUUGGGGGUCCCGGAGUGGGAGGAGAUUCGCACGUGGCAUGGCGGGCUUUGGGGGAGGCUGCAUGAUGCGCUGGAGCCGUAUCGAGGGACUUGGUAGCACCGGGGCUGUGACAGUUAAUUGGUGUAGAUAUUGACGGCCUGGAGUUGAUAACGCUGUUUCUCUCCUCAGCUGCGCACGUCUGGUUCGACCUCUGCUCUUGAGGGUUCUCAACGCAACGCCGAAGAUUUCACUGCCUCACACACAAUCGACCUGUCCGCCUACGGUGAUAACAUAUCUGGUUCCUUCAUCAAGAGAGUCGUAAAAUCGAGGGCAACCGGGGAACCCACGAAAUCCAACGUUGAUGCUACUAUAAGGAGAUGCCCACGCCUCUCAUCCAGCGAUCAUAUUAACAGGAAACGUCA